AAUCAAUCCCUUAAUACCGUUUGUCAUCAAAAUGCGUUUGAAAUCGUUGACAAUUCGUAUCACGCUCUGUUUCGCUGUUUAUUUAAAAAACACGAAAAAAACAAAGCGGGAUGGGUGAAAUGAAAUACAACGAUAUGAACUUGUACCAGGACUCGGAGGACGAGGAAAGACUGAUGAAACUGCCAGAAGCACAGCGCGAAGAGAUACUGUACAGGCGGUACAUGAAGAUCAAAAAACUGGAGGAGAAGAAAGAGAUGGAGCACAGGAUAGACGAGCUGGCGGAGCAGAGCACCAAGAAGGAGCACGAGAGCGCUGUGCACAGCGAGUGUUUGACAUAUGAAACACUGUGUGAUGUGCUUGUGCCGCGUUCGCUGCUCGCCAAGAACGUGUACAAGCCGAUGUUUGACAGGCUGGCGGGCAAUUACGUACGGGUGUGCUUCAAGAGCGGGUAUGUGAUCAAAAGGGUGGAGGGCAUAGAACGCGGUGAUGAGUACUUCGUGGACGAGGGAACGAAGAAUUACAGGACAAACAAGAGCAUCUGCAUACUGCACGGAAGCAAUACACGGGAGAAGAUCCCCAUGUCGUUCGUGAGCAACAGCAAGCCGUCAUUUGCAGAGUAUGACCAGUUCAAGGACAGCAAUCCGGACAUUUCCGUAUGUGCGCUCGUCAAGAGGGCGCACAGCUUCAGGAAUCUGAUGACACGCGAGCUGAGCGCUGCCGAGCGCAAAGAUGCGCAGGAGGAGAGAACAAGGUUCUACAGGGACAAGCGCAAGAAUCUGAUGGAAAAGAUUCGGCUGAUCAGGGAGAGAGACGACGCGUAUAAGAACGGAGAUGUUGAGAAGGUCAAGGCGGUGCAGAGGCGCAUUGAUGAGAUUGACGAGAAGGACAAAGACCCUGAGGAAGAGAAGGAAAGGGAAAUUUGGGACAGAAUAAAUGCGAAGAACCGCAAAAUCAAUUACGAGAAGGGCGUGAGAGCCGGUCUUGAAAAGGCGAGGAACAAGGAUGGUACGUACGGUACUGAUCCCAAGAAAUGAUCGGUUUGUUAAUUAAUAAAUGCAAUUUUAGGCAUUUACAAGCGUUUGCGUACGAGCGGUACGUUUUCUGGGAAGGAUUGUACGCGAGCAUCUUCGUGGACCGUGAUCAUGGAACAUGUCCAGCAGAUGCAUCCGUAGGUAUGGAUGAUCCUGUUUGUAUGAGUUGACUGAUCAUAUCAACAAUUCGUGGUUUCCUCAUCGAUGAAGCACACAGAUAAGCGCGAACAACCCGGCUGUAAAUCCGUAGAUCGUUAAUGAACCGUACCGUUUGCCCAUAGAAAUGCGUUCAUGCGCCGUAGUCAGCAAUUUGACUGGCAAAAACGAAGGCCCUAAUAACACGAAAUGACCGGUCCUGCUGCCCAACCCACGUUUUAAAUUGUAGAACGAAAUCGGCAACCAAACGAAUCUUUUCGUCUGUUCCAGCGGUGUACCCGUCUGCACUGAGCUGAUACGCCCGUACAUUACAUGACCGAUCCCAUCAAAUACUGUACGAGCAAUGUUCCUGUUGUACAGCACAUCACCCAACCGUGUUGUACGACACGUCGAUCUCUGCUCAACGUGCUGCUCAUCCCGCGUUUGUGUACGUACUCUUUUGUUAAAUAUAAAAAACCGUUUUGAUACGUUCACAGGCAUAAAUUUUAUUUUGCAAGAAGAUCUGUUGCCCUGUUCUAAAAAGCAAAUACUCACCGAUGAUUUACCAUGCAUAAACAGUAAUAACGUAUUUUAUACACAACCGGUCGCGAAAGGGGUGUAACAAUGCGUGGCAUAGGUAGGAAUGUUUUAGUUUACGGGGAAAGGCUGUUCUUGUACGUUGUUGUUGUUUAUGAGUUGGUACCUUCAAGACCUGGACGAAAUAACAAUUUUGUACUUAGGUUUUUAGGGCAGGGCUAGCAAAGAAAGGAGGUAUAAAAAUACGGAGCAGCAUAAUUUAAUAACAGCAUAAUUUAAU